AUGCGCGCGCCUCGACCAACGCGCGCGCCUGGACCAACGCGCGCGCCUGGACCAACGCGCGCCCCUGGACCAAUGCGCGCCCCUGGACCAACGCGCGCGCCUGGACCAACGCGCGCGCCUGGACCAUCGCGCGCGCCUGGACCAACGCGCGCGCCUGGACCAACGCGCGCGCCUGGACCAACGCGCGCCCCUGGACCAACGCGCGCCCCUGGACCAACGCGGGCGCCUGGACCAACGCGCGCGCCUGGACCAACGCGCGCGCCUGAACCAACGCGCGCGCCAACGCGCGUGCCUUGGUCCGCGCGCGCGCCUUGUUCCGCGCGCGCGCUUUGGUGCGCGCGCGCGCCUUGGUCCGCGCGCGUGCCUUGGUCCGGGCGCGCGCGCCUUGGUCAGCGCGCACGCCUGGACGAACGCGCGCGCCUCGACCAACGCGCGCGUCUGGACCAACGCGCGCGCCUGGACCAAUGCGCGCCCCUGGACCAAUGCGCGCCCCUGGACCAACGCGCGCGCCUGGACCAACGCGCGCGCCUGGACCAUCGCGCGCGCCUGGACCAACGCGCGCGCCUGGACCAACGCGCGCGCCUGGACCAGCGCGCGCGCCUCGACCAACGCGCGCGCCUGGACCAACGCGCGCGCCUGGACCAACGCGCGUGCCUGGACCAACGCGCGCCCCUGGACCAACGCGCGCGCCUGGACCAACGCGCGCGCCUGGACCAACGCGCGCGCCUGGACCGACGCGCGCCCCUGGACCAACAAGCGCCCCUGGACCAAUGCGCGCCACUAGACCAACGCGCGCGCCUGGACCAACGCGCGCGCCUGGACCUGCGCGCGCGCCUGGACCAACACGCGCGCGCCUGGACGAACGCGCGCGCCUGGACCAACGCGCGCGCCUGGACCAACGCGAGCCCCUGGACCAACGCGCGCCCUUGGACCGACGCGCGCCCUUGGACCAACGCGCGCGCCAAGGCCAACGCGCGCGCCUGGACCAACGCGCGCGCCUUGACCAACGCGCGCGCCCUUGGACCAACGCGCGCGCCAAGGCCAACGCGCGCGCCUGGACCAACGCGCGCGCCUGGACCAACGCGCGCCCCUGGACCAACGCGCGCGCCUGGACCAACGCGCGCGCCUGGACCAACACGCGCGCCUGGACCAACGCGCGCCCCUAGACCAACGCGCGCCCCUGGACCAACGCGCGCCCCUGGACCAACACACCAACGCGCGCCCCUGGACCAACGCGCGCCCCUGGACCAACGCGCGCGCCUGGACCAACGCGCGCGCCUGGACCAACGCGCGCGCGCCUGGACCAACGCGCGCGCCUGGACCAACGCGCGCGCCUGGACCAACGCGCGCGCCUGGACCAACGCGCGCGCCUCGACCAACGCGCGCGCCUCGACCAACGCGCGCGCCUGGACCAACGCGCGCGCCUGGACCAACGCGCGCGCCUGGACCAACGCGCGCCCCUGGACCAACGCGCGCGCCUGGACCAACGCGCGCGCCUGGACCAACGCGCGCGCCUGGACCAUCGCGCGCGCCUGGACCAACGCGCGCCCCUGGACCAACGCGCGCCCCUGGACCAACGCGCGCCCGUGGACCAACGCGCGCCCCUGGACCAACGCGCGCGCCUAG